UUCAUUGAGUGAAGGAGAAUGGAGAUGCUACAGCCAGGAGUUCUCUGCGCAGUAAUUCUCGUCUUUGCUGUUUUUCAGUCUGUUGCGGAAUGUAAAGUAGUGAUCGUAGGAGACCAGUUUAUAUUUCCUGUUAACUGCAAACCGGGUGAUUCUGUCACACUGUAUAAAGCUCUGACAGACGGUGGUGCCCUGCAGGUGGCCACUUAUGAUCAGCAUGGAGGAUGGAAGGUGAUGGAGGAGUACUCAGACCGGAUGAUCUCCACCUCUUCGGGGCUCGUCUUCACCCGAACGCAGUACAUCGAUGGAGGAACCUACGAACUGAACUGCUCCGGGCGAUUGGAGCUGGUCCAGCUGGAGGUUGUUGUUGCCUCCGAAAAGUUUGUGACCGAAGGAGAGACGGCGGUCCUCCCGUGUUACUAUGACACAGAUGUCUGGUGGUGGGAGAAAAACGGAAAACUUCUGUGCAACUCCACCUGGGAAGCUGGAUGCAGCGGAACAUCUGCCGGCAGACGGUAUGGAAACCUGUCACUGAUCCUGGAGAAUGCGCGGCUGGAGGAUAGCGGGGAUUACUUCUGCUAUUUCAAAGAUCAUGGUAAACAGGAGCCUCGCACUCCUGUUGUUGUUAGACUGAACGUCACCAAGAGAAAGCCCCAUCCAACCCCCUGUACCUGCACUGCAGCACCUAGAAAUGAAACACCGAGUGGCCCCGAACAGACGAACCUCUGGAAGAUAUCCACGCUGGUUCUCGGUGUGCUGCUGCUGCUGCUGCUGUUCAUCAUCAUGCUCUUUGUUUAUGGUAAAUUUCGCCGUAAACUGUACGAGCAGGUAGAGAGAAAUCACCAAGAUGCCCAGCCUGGAGAAGCAACUACAAGCGUUUAAAUAACUGAACAGAUCAGGAUCUUUCCUUCCGUUUCCUUGUCCUUUAUGACAACAAAGAUUAAAUUAAUCUUUUUCAUUUUUGUAGUUAAUUGUAACCGAAAAGAAUCAACCAUAAACAGAUUCCACUAUCAGUGAAUGCAUUUUAAACUAAUGUGCACAUAGUGCUCUAUGGGCCUUUGCUUGUAUUUAAAGAUAAUGUUGGAAUUUUACAAAUAAAGACAUUUCAACUCUUCACAUUUUUGUCUUUGCUUCAUUACUAAUUUUGAAGGAAAACAGGCGCAU